AUGUAUUUUAAUAUCACAUAUAAAUAUUUAUUAGAUGGGCAUUGUGGUGAUAAUACUGAUACGGUUGACGUUGGCAUAUUGGAUAUUGUGGAAGGAAUCAAUUUGCAUCAAUUUGAAAGCGAUUCAAUGUCCACUUCAACGAAUACAGAAGUUUACAACAGUCCAGAGUACACACCAUACCAUGACCACUUAGAGUCAGAAGAGAGUGAAGAAGAAGGUAAUCAAGAACUAAUGAAUGAAUCACAUACCGGUAAUACAAAUAAUGCAAUUGAAUCAGUAGAGACAAUUAUUGUAGACAGAGCAAAAAAAAGUCAAAUUACCAAAAAAUUAAUAAAAAAUAAAAGGGUUUUCUGUCUAUUUUGUGAACAAUUGGAGACAAAUUUUCCAAGACACUUGGAACGUAAACAUGCAUUAGAACCAGAAGUCAAAGAAUUUAUCUUAUUACCAAAAAAAAGUAAAGAACGUGUUAUGCAUCUAGAACUUUUGAAAAAUAAAGGUAAUUUACAACACAAUAGGAAUGUAUUGGAACAAAACAAAGGAUCACUAAUUGUUGGCAGGAGACCACCAAUUUCUAGUGAAAUUGAUGCAAAUAAUUUUUUGCCAUGCACUCAUUGUUUUAAGUUUUUUAAAAAACAAAAACUAUACCGUCAUAUUAAUAGAUGUCCGUUCAAAAGUACAGCAGUUGCAGAUGGUUUGCCAAAACGCAGAAACAAUUUAAUGCAAAGUGCAACAUUAUUGCACGUAGCUAAAGAUCACACGCAACUACAAAAUGAAGUUUUUGUGUCUAUGAAGUGUGAUGAUAUUACCUUUGUUGCUCAAAGUGAUGAUUUGAUAUGUUUAUUUGGCUCAAGACUUCUCAAAAAUCACAGAGAAAGGCAUUUAAAAAAUUACAUAUCACAAAGACUCAGACAACUAGCAAAAUUUUUACAAAUUUUACGUGGCUUAGAACCUGAUGUAAAAAAUUUAAAAGAUUUUUUGGUUCCAAAACAUUUUAAAACUGUUGUUCAAGCUGCAAAAGAAUUGAGUGGGUAUGAUGAAGAACACAACACAUAUGUCCAUCCAACAAAUGCACUUAAGAUUGGACACUCGAUAUUACAAUGCGCAGAUAUUCUCCAAAGUCAAUUUCUUGUUACCGGUGUUCCUGAAGAAAAAUUACAAAACUUAAAAUAUUUUACAAAAGUGUUUAAUAAAGAAUGGCGAUAUUCCAUAUCUUCUAAUGCAUGUGCAGAUUUGUCAAAAAAAAAAUUUAACAAAAGUGUCAGCUUACCAGAUGCAAAAGAUAUAACACUUUUGCAUAAUUUUCUAUUAAAUCAGCUUGAAGAAGUGAAAUCAUUGAUUGAAAACAAUGAAAUAAAUCAUGAAACAUACAAAAUAUUAUGCCAAAACUUACUGACCCAAAUUAUUCUACUUAACCGCCGCAGAUCAGGUGAAGUCCAAAGAAUAAAAGUUAUAGAUUACUUAAAUAGAAGUAAAAAUAAAUUGCAAGAAGAAAUCCAAAAAUCACUUUCAGAAGUAGAAAUAAAACUAUCAGAAAGUUUUGAAAGAUUUGAAAUAAGGGGAAAGCGUGGAAGGGCAGUUCCAGUUUUAUUAACAGGUUUAAUGAAAGAAUCUAUAGAUCUUCUUUUAAAAAUUAGAAAUGCCGCUAGUGUAUUUAAACAAAAUGAAUACUUGUUUGCGAUUCCGAAUACUGCAGUAGGAUGUUACCGUGGCUCUGAUUGUCUGAGGAAGGCAGCAAACGAAUGUGGAUCAUCUGCCCCAGAACUACUCACAUCAACUAAACUCCGAAAACAUAUUGCCACAAUGUCUCAAUUAUUAAACCUAAGUACAAAUGACAGAGAACAGCUUGCCAAUUUCAUGGGUCACGACCUAGCAAUACAUAACGAAUACUAUAGACUCCCUAACGAAACAUUACAAAUUAGUAGAGUUAGUAAAAUACUUCUGGCAAUGGAGUCCGGUAAUCUGCAUGAACUUAAAGGCAAAACACUCGAACAAUUUGAUGAUUUUUUGAUGCCUUCCAAUGCAAUUGAAUGUUCCUCUGAUUCUGACGAUAAUGAAAAUGUUACAGAUUCUGUUGGUGAAAAUGCAUUAGAUGUUGAAUGGAGUGACGAUGAGAAUAUUAUAGAUACCAGUAAACAACUCACAUCAAAAAAGCAAACGUCAGUUACAAAAACAAAAACUCGAGUUGAUUACAUUAAAUGGAGUAAUGGUGAAAUGGAAGCACUUAAACGUUUUUUUGGUAAAUUCAUAGCUUUACAUAAAAUUCCACAGCAGCAUGAUUGCCUCUUAGCCAUAAAAAAGGAGCCCGCUUUGGGUAAAAGACCAUGGAAAAAAAUUAAAUUCCAGUGUGAAAUAUAUUAA